AUGAUGGUAUCGUUUUCUGACUACCGAUUGUUGCCGGUAGAGGAUAUCAUUCUAGCGAACGUUCGCGUGGAUCACAUCACAGAAGAUUUGAAUAGUUUAUUUGAUGCAUUGACACCCCUUUAUUUGAUAUUCUUGCAACAUGCAACUGAUGGGAUACGUUUAAGUCAAACGAUUGUCAACGAUCUUAAAAAAAAAACGAACACAUUGUGCUUGUUGGAAUAUAUUGGCUAUCAAUGCGAGACAGAUGAUCACUAUGUGUAUCGAUCUGAGACAUCGUAUGACAAAACGACGCGACGUCAAAAGGGAGUAGAGGAAUUUGUAAAGUUUUUCACCUACUUAAAAACUGCGAAAAGCGAACCUGUGGAUAAUUUAAAAGAAUUCCUUCAAAACCAUUCCCCACAAUACCGUACAACAUCUUCUGUUCACACUCCACUCACUGCCGACGAGAUCGAAAAUGAAAACAAAAAUGCUUUACAAAUGUUCCAAUCAUUCAAGAAAAGUCUCGUAACACCAUACAAUUCAUCGCCCUCAUCGGGUUUCGUUCGUCGACAGCUGGCGAUACUUGUUUUGAAACAGCUUUCAUCAAACUUCCAUUGUACCACUGACGACAUUGAUGGAAAACUAGAUCAGUGUAUAAUCGAAUUAAAGAAUCGACAGCAACAAACGAGAGAACGUCGAGCAGAUGAAGUCUAUAUUGAGUGUCUUAUUCGAUCAAACUUUGAUAUAAAUCGAGCUGUCAGCAUACUGAAUCACUAUCCGUCGAAUUUAACUCCGCGCACCGAACAACCUAUUUCACAGGAACCAGUCGAAGUAUUCUCGAAAGAUGCCAAAGUAUAUCUAUUCAGACAUUCUAACUGGUCGGCUGCAUCAUUUGAUACGAAUAACAACAAGAUACAAGCAUCACAUGAGCAAGAUAAAUGGAACCACAUUGAAUAUCUGUUACUAUCCAUACAACAACUACAUAAAAAAAACGGCGACAAAUCAGUAGAUGAAGAAUUUGUUUCGAAAAUGUUCCGAUUAAUUUAUUCGGAAUUAUUUCAUCUGAUUGGUGACCAAGUACCAGUUAAACUUGAAACACUUGCUAGAAUUUUAUGUGAACGUUCGAGCGAAGUUAUCGAAAACUUGGACGUAGAAACGUUGAAGAAUAUCCUGACAUCAAUAGACUUCAACGAUAAUUUCAUACAGAAUACAAUAGCCUGCUUAGAAUUUACUUGUUCGAUGUGCACUGGCUCAUAUCCACGGACGAAAAUAGAAGCAAUGCUUCUGUGUGAGCAUAGCUUCUGUUCCGAUUGUGUCAAACGAUACUAUCGGGUGAAAAUCUUUGAAAUAACGGAUGAGAAUUCAUUAAAAAUGUUCACGUGUAUUGAGACUCCUGUUGAAAUCGCGUCCGACAGACGAUCGAACUUUUUACCUUGCUUGUUUUCGAAAAUUCAUCAAUGGUUCAAAGAUGAUCCCGAAGCUCUUGGAAAGUGGGAACGUGAUUCUUUAAUCGCAUUAGCUGGUGAACGAAUAAAGAAAUGUGGUAGUUCAAAAUGCACCGGAUACUAUUACUCCGAUAAUGAUGAUACCGUUGGUGUUGCUCGUUGUCAAGAAUGCAAUUUCGCUCAAUGUCGUCUUUGUGCGAAAAAAUGGCAUGCGGAACAUUCGACUAUGAAUUGUGAUGAAUAUACAGAAUGGUUAAUUGAAAACGAUCCUGAUGAUGAAACCGUGCAAGCGUUGAAGAUCAUACGCGAUACAGCUAUUGUAUGUCCAAAAUGUGAACAUAUAUAUCAGUAUGAAGCGGGAGGCUGCGAGCAUUUUACGUGUUUGAAUUGCAAGACAGAUUUUUGUCGUAUGUGUUCUACACUCUUCUAUUCACCUUCCAAAGGACCGAAAUGCGACAAAGAAAAUUGCACUUUAAAGAGUACGAUUCACGCACAUUGCGCGUGGAAUUGUUUUCGUGAAACUCGUAUUGCUGAAAUUCAGACGCUUCACAAAGUAUUAAAAGAUCAGAAUAUAAACAUAGAUGCAGAGUUGGAAAAACUUGCCGGAACGCAACAAGAAAAAUGUCCAAUUAGUGGAUGUAACAAAGAAACAUCACCCAUCGGUGGUGGUCGACUAUGCGAGGCUUGCUAUAAGCAUUUUCUCUGUUCUCUAAUAUGGCGUUUUCAAAUUGAGCCUUGGGAUAUUUUCGAAGAUAAUAACCUACAGCAAAUGCUGACGAAAUCAUCCGUUACUAUUCCGACAGACUGUAAUCGAAAUAAUUUAAUUGCAUUGUGUAAAGACAAAUUAAAGCAAUUAUUGGGUCGGCCGAAAAUAUUGAAGAAACCUAAAUUACAACGCCCGGUGAUUUCGGAAUACAAUGUUUAA